AUGACGGAUCUCAAGCCUAUUCACUUCUUCGACCUGUUCUCCGAUCUCCCAGGCUCCUCCAAGUCAUGGUCAUACAACACGUUGAAGAUUAGAGCUGUCUUGAAUUUCAAAUCCAUUCCCUACACGCAGAGCUGGAUCUCAUACCCAGACAUCAAGCCCCUCGCGAUCAGCCUGGGCCUGCCACCUAAUAAGGAGGGUAGACCUUUCACACUACCGGCAAUAAUUCAUAAGUCCUCAACCAAUUCGAACCCAAGUGGAGCGAUGAUGGAUUCGCUCCAAAUUGCGCUUCAUCUCGAUCGGGAUUUCCCGUCUCCGCCACUGUUCCCAUCCGGCCACGCCAGCUACGCAUUGUUUGUAGCUGUAGGUAAGAUCGUGAGUCUCCUGGAACCUGGAUUUCGGCCAUCCGUCGUACCAAGAGUUGCGGAGCAUCUCGACUCUCGGGGGCAGAAGUACUUUCAUGAAACGCGUUCUGCUGCUUUUGGAAAACCGCUGUCGGAGAUUCGACCGACGGACAAGGACACAAUUGACAAGUUGUGGAAAUUGGUGGAGACUGAAUCAGCCGCGUUGAUCCGUAUGCUCAAGGGCAUGGAAGGGAAAAAGGGCCCGUUCUUUGAGGGAACCAAGCCCGGAUACGCGGACUUGUUUUUUGCUUGCCAUUUGGCAUUCAUUGAGCGUUUCGAUAAAGAAUUGUUUGAGAAAUUCAUGGAUCUUGGUGAUGGUGAAAUUGCAGCUCUAUACAAUGCUUGCCUGCCCUGGCUAGAGGUUCAAGGGGAGGAUAUCAAGUGGACAAUUCCUUCAGCUACCUCAUCCUGA